UCAAAGGUUAGCGUAGAUAAAGCUUCAAUCUUUGUGUUGUCAUACUCAUAUCUCAAUUUUUUUUUUCAUUUCAAUCACUUCAUUAUCUAUGAAAAAUGUUUCCUGUUUCGAUCCGAGAGGAAAACCGAAGGUUUUGAAAUGCUAGUUUGUUCCGCUGAUUGUUCGAGUUUGUUGUGAUAGCAGAUGAUCACAAUCACGUUUGAAAUUUUGAAUAUUUGGGCAUAUGAGAAUUGAAUUAGGUUUUGGUAUUUAUAGGGAUUAUAGCAUUUUUGGUAUUUUAUAUAGCAGGGUGGAAUUGGGAUGUCUCUGAAUCUGGGUCUGGGAAUUUCAGAAAUUUUAUGCUUCUUUCGUUGCACAGUAACUGAAUUGGGUUUCAUUUGGUGGUUUAAGAAACACUAGUAAUUGGUUAGUGAGGUUUUUGGGUAUUGAUUGAUACUAUGGGUGAAAUUGGGGAAACUUCUGAAUCUGGGUCUUCUAGAGAAUUGAGUUCCCAAGCUGUCAAAGCUGAGUCUUUUCAUGAAGAGGAUAGUUUUUGCAGACAAGUGACUAAUUUUGGGGGAGGUGGGUCAAGGAAUACAAGCCCACUAAGCCGAGCAGGGUCACGGAAUACUAGUCCUUCCAGGCAGAAGGUGGCUAAGACUAAACCACGGGGCUUAGAUGAGGAGGAGACAGUUGCUACAUUUGCUAAGGCCAUUCACCCUGAUGUGCAAAUGGAAGAUAAUAUAUGGGCAAUGUUACCUGAAGAUUUGUUGAAUGAAAUCUUGGCUAGGGUUCCACCAUUCAUAAUUUUUCGGCUCCGAUCCGUUUGCAAACGAUGGAAUUCACUUUUACAGGAUAGUAGUUUUCUUAAGUUUCAUUCACAAGUGCCAUCUCAUGGGCCUUGUCUUCUUACAUUUUGGAAGAAUUCACCGACCCCACAGUGCUCUGUGUUUAGCUUCCCAUUGAAACAGUGGUAUAAGAUCCCCAUGACUUUUUUACCACCGUGGGCAUUGUGGUUGGUUGGUUCAUCAGGAGGUCUUAUUUGCUUCUCAGGACUUGAUGGGUUGACUUUCAAAACAUUUGUUUGUAACCCCCUUACACAAACUUGGAGGAUAUUGCCAAGUAUGCAUUAUAAUCAACAUAGGCAGUUAAUUAUGGUUGUUGAUCGAAUGGAUCGAUCGUUUAAGGUUAUAGCUGCUAGUGAUGUUUAUGGUGACAAGUCAUUGCCAACUGAAGUAUAUGACUCCAAGCUUGACCGUUGGUUGCUUCACCAGACAAUGCCUGCUGUGAACCUUUGUUCCUCGAAGAUGGCAUUUUGUGACUCAAGAUUGUAUUUGGAGACUCUUUCACCCCUUGGUUUAAUGAUGUAUUGGCUGGACAAAGGAUAUUGGGAACACGUUCCAGCCAAAUUCCCAAGGUCUUUGUUGGAUGGUUAUCUGGUUGCUGGCACUCAGAAACGCCUGUUUCUUGUUGGAAGGAUUGGUCUUUAUAGUACUCUUCAAAGUAUGAGAAUUUGGGAAUUGGAUCAAGAAAAGAUUGCCUGGGUUGAAAUAAGUAGGAUGCCACCAAGGUACUUUCGAGCUCUUUUGAGGUUCUCUGCUGAGAGAUUUGAGUGCUUCGGGCAGGAUAAUUUGAUCUGCUUCACGUCUUGGAACCAAGGGAAAGGCCUACUUUAUGAUGUGGAUAAGAAGGUUUGGUCCUGGAUUGCUGGCUGUGCUCUUCAGUCCUACAGCGGUCAAGUUUGUUUCUAUGAGCCAAGAUUUGAUGCUUCAAUCCAUUAACCAGGGAAUUUAGCAUCAUGGGUUCCAUAUGUUUAUUGUUUAGGUUUCUAAAGAGCUUCAAAUUUACAAUUUUCAUUAUGCAUCGUCUUCUUCCUCUCAUCCCCCUGUGCCCCUUUUUGUCCACGAUCAAUGUUCAAAUUUUCAAAUUCAGCUGGGUCUGCUGUUAUACCUUUAUUUGGCAAAUAUCUGCAGUUCCUUGAGAUUCUUCUGCUGGGAUUAUGUGGGCAUUUUGUUUUCAAGAAUUCUUACAACGGAGGUUUUGGUCACAUUUUGUAUAGGUUUCUACUUUCUAGGGGACAUGUUUUUAGUGCUUUUUGUUGUCGUAAUUGAAUGAGGGUGGGUUACAAGAGGACUUCAUGGAUCAUGACAUUUAAGGAAUAAUUGUAGGAUGAUUUUUUUUAUAAUUAUUCCGAAUGAGUACACUGACUGAAAUUGCUUAGAACAUCCAAGGUGCCUUGCUUACCUGUAUUUCUGUGAUGACUCAUUUAUGUGAUUACGGGUUCAUCCUCUAUAGAAUACAUCAAAUUUAUGUUCCUUGAA